GAUAACACAAGAGUUUCAUUUCAUUUCUCAGGAAAGCUUACCCACCCAAGAUAGACAGGAAGAACAAUCGUGAAGCCUAGCCGCCUCUGCUCUUCAUCUCCUUCCUUCUUCCAUCAACCAAUUCUUGCUAAAUCAGCCGCCAAAAAUCUCCGGUCCACCACGCCAGAUCGUCGCCGGCCGGGCUUCCCGCGUUGUUAUCGGUGACUGGGAUCAACUGCAGUCGUCCGUGGCGUUCCCCAGACAUUUUGAAGGUGAAGAACCGAAAUGGCAGGGAAUGCUGCAAAAUCUGUGGUGAAGACAGUUGCAGAAUACCAGUAUCCAUGGCGUGAGAAGUUGGUAAAGUAUAAGAAUGAGCUAUCUAAAGGAGUUUGGGGUUACUGGGAGUUGGGAGCGUGGAAGCCACUUGGACUUAGCGCACGUCGGCGAGCUCGACUCCGGAAGGAAGUUCUCCUAGCUGAGCAAGAUUGGCAUUAUGAUCCAGAGAGGAAAGAAAUGAGAACCAAGAGGAAAGGACACAAACACGAUAGAAUAGCUGCAGAGAAGCGAGAAAACACAGCUAGAUUGAUGGAGAAAAUGCCACAAAUGUUGCUUGACUACAAGAAGCGCAGGUGGGAGAAGAAGAUGAAGGAAGAAGACAAGACCAAACCUUGAUUUUGUGAGUGGCUGUGAAACUUUCUAGUUGAGAGUUGAGACAAUUUUGUUGGUAGUUUUCAUGAACUUGGUACUUUUUGCCAUCACUUCUAUGCUCGUAAUAACAAGUUGGCUCAUUUUAGACUGUAUAAUGUCAAAACUCCAAUUUUAUAAAAUCAAAUAUUCUAACUUUAUGUUUGUCAAA